CCGGAUUUCGGCGUCGCGGAGUUGAACGAUCUGGCGAGCGCGGUGACGAGGGACAUCUUCACCGGGAACCCGAACGUCCCGUUCGGCUCCAUCGCGGGCUUAGACGACGCGAAGCGUCUGCUGCGCGAGGCUGUCGUCAUGCCGACGCGGCACCCGGAGCUGUUCGUGGGGUUACUAUCGCCGUGGCGCGGCGUGUUGCUCUACGGGCCGCCGGGCACGGGAAAGACGAUGCUCGCCAAGGCGGUCGCGACCGAGUGCGGGACGACUUUUUUCAACGUGAGCGCGUCGACGGUCGUGAGCAAGUGGCGCGGCGACAGCGAGAAGCUCGUCCGCGUGCUGUUCGACCUCGCGAGGCACUACGGACCGUCGACGAUCUUCCUAGACGAGAUCGACGCGUUGAUGUCGGCGCGCGGCGGCGGCGGCGGCGGCGGCGGCGAGCACGAAGCCUCGCGUCGGAUGAAGACUGAGCUCUUGAUUCAGAUGGACGGCCUCGCGAGAUCGAGCCCGACGACGCAGACCGCCGACGGCCCUCGGGUCUUCGUGCUGUGCGCGAGCAACCUGCCGUGGGACCUCGACCUCGCGUUGUUGCGGCGGUUGGAGAAGCGCGUGCUCGUCGGUCUUCCGACGGAGGCGGCGCGGCGUCGGAUGAUCUCGACGCUCCUGAAGCCGCACGCGAUGGACGCGGACGUGAGCGUGGAGGAGAUCGCGGCGAGCGCGGAGGGGUACUCGGGCGCGGACGUGAUGCUGCUGUGCAAGGAGAUGGCGAUGCGGCCGCUGCGGCGGGCGAUGGCGGCGACGGCGGAAGACGACGACGACGGGGCCGGGGCCGGGGCCGGGGGGGCGCGGGCGCGGGCGCGAGCGAGGGCGCGCGCGCCGACGACGCCGACGACGCCGCGCGUGGGGGCGAUCACGAGAGAGGACGCGAUGCGCGCGAGGGAGGUCUCGAAGCCGUCCGCGGCGCUUCACCUCCAGAGGUACGCGGACUGGAGCGAGAAGUACGGGAGCGCGUGA